UAAUUGCACUUUGUUAUUUGGCAUUACAGCUUUUCUCUUAUCCACAAAAUCAAAUCUUCUACAAAGCUUUGUGUGGCCUUUAAUUCUUAGAUGGCUUUUUCAUCAACCCCACUUCUGUCUUCUUCUGUCUUUUCGUUUUCAAUAAGCUUCUCCGCUAAAUCCUUGUUCUAUACUUCCUUCAAUUUCCUCUGCAACUGUUUCAUGAAAUUUUGAGUUAGCCCGUGGGAAAAAGCUUGGCGGGUGUUGCCAUUCCCGCCAUUUGUGAUUUGAAAUUGGGAAUCGAUUUAGAUGGGGUUGUGUUAAAAGGGUAGAAAAUGGAUAAUUUGUCGCAGAGAGACAGCAUCCUUUUGGGUUAUUCACUUCAGAGAUCAUCUGCUAACUCUUCAUCUCCAAGAGCUUCCAAUCGGAAUUCAGACGAUGUUGAUUUUCAUGACGUGUUCGGUGGUCCUCCGAGGAGGCGGUCGUCGGUUCAUGAAACGAGAUAUAGCUUCUCCGAGACAGGGGACUCCUUUGCAUUGAAAGGUGGCGAGGAUGAAGCACUACCUGGCCGGAGUGGCCCUUGGUCUGGUUUGAAUGAGAAACCUGUGUUUGGUGAGGAAGGUGUACACGGGCGGCGAUUUCCGAGUGAUGAUUUUUAUGAUGAUAUCUUUAAAGGCGAUGAAUCGGUGAAUUCUUCUCCUCGCCGGGGUGACAUUUUCUCUCCGAAUCCUGGUUCAAGAGUUCUAAGUCCUGCUAGACCUCUUCCACCGCCGGCAGAACCCUUCGGAAGUUCUUCCCUCCCUGCUCAAUUAAGCAGCCUACCAUCAAGAUUAGCCAAAGGGACUGAUUUACCAGCCUUCGGAUCGAGCUCCUUAAGAAACAAGGAUAGUGUUUCGAAUGGAAGUCAUACAAAUUCUCCUAGGUUCACUCUUUCUAGAUUUUCUUUUAGCACAUCGAGCCAUCGUUUCGAGGAUCCUAAAACUGAUUAUGAUUUGUCGGAUCGUACUGGUGUUUUGCCAUCUGAAUUCCAAGAAAAUGACGGUGAUGAAGCAUUGUCCUUCAUAAACUCUGGAAAUGGAUUGAGUGGGAACAGUUUAACAAAGGGAGAAGAAGAUAGUUUAGAAGAAUCAAAUGGUGGUGGUCAAUUUCAGUUCCAUUUCUCAAUUUACAAAUGGGCAAGUAAAGGGGUGCCUCUAAUGAUGCCAUCGAGAGGGAACGGGCCAAGAUUAAGAGAAAAGACUCUACUAAGAAAAAGCUCAAGCUCGACCGAUAGGUUAGUGAAGGCUAAAAAUGAAAUGCAUUCCCCAACAUCAACUAUACAGAAUAUUGAUAUUUCUCCAGUUUUUCAUGAAACAACAAAGGUUGAUGAUGAAAAAGGAAUUGAUAUACUGCCUGACACGGGUAAUCUUGAUCAAAGACAAAGUUCAUUCACACCUUCAAAAAACUUGAGCAGACAAAGUUCUCGCACGGCCGUUGGCAGUGAUAACAUCAGUCGCCCAACGGAGAAAGAGAAACCUCAUUCUUUACCUAAGAAAGUUUCAAGUGAAAAGCCAGCGAAAAAGAUGACUUCGAGGACAAUCGAAGAUCAAAAGCAUGAGGCUAAAUCUUUAAGUUCCUUUCUUCUCUACAGUGAUAGUGAGCAAAGUGAAGAGAGGAUAACCAAAGAGUAUCGUAAAGGAGAAAUCAUGGCAAAAGGUGACAUGAAAUCAUCAAAUCUCUCUGAUUUAAGUAGUCCAAAGAAACUAGAAAAACAAACUUCAUUGAGAAAUUCAAAAGUGAAAAAACCUACUGUCCCAAGUUCAGACGUGGAAUCUGGACAUAACAUUGGCAGAAAGAAAGUUGGUGGAAAAAUUUCAGAGUUUGUUAAGCUUUUCAACCAAGAACCUACAUCGAAACCCCAGGAUGUUGUCGAUUUAGAAAAUGAUAGCUCUACAAUGAAACAGGAAAGUGAACCAAAGGGUCCAACUGUUAACAAAAUAAGAAAGGAUGAGAAACCCAAGUUGAAUAAGAACACAGAUGCUUCCAUCAAGGGAGAUAAUAUUUCCGAGAAAUCAGUGGAUGAUAACUCUACUAAAAAAGCUGCUAGCUUCAAAAAUAACUUUGCUUCUUCCAAAGAGAGUAGUCCAGCUCCAAACACAGUUCACGUUCCUAAUGUCACAAAGUCUACAGUUUCAGAAGUGGAGGAGCCCUUUCAGGAUAAUUUCUCGGUACAAGAGUUACCACAAGAUUAUGAAGAUUCCACAGAAACAAACAAUGGUCGUGAAGAAGUACAAGCUCUCGAUACUAAAAUACGACAAUGGUCAAGCGGGAAGGAAGGGAAUAUUCGUUCCCUGCUGUCAACUUUGCAAUAUGUUCUUUGGCCCAAGAGCGGAUGGAAAGCCGUUCCUCUUGUUGAUAUAAUCGAAGGAAAUGCAGUGAAAAGAUCUUAUCAAAAAGCUUUGUUAUACCUACACCCUGAUAAGCUACAACAGAAGGGUGCUUCAUCAGAUCAAAAAUAUAUUGCAGCAAAAGUUUUUGAAAUAUUACAGGAGGCUUGGAUUCAUUUCAAUACAUUGGGUGGAUUAUGAUAUGAAAAAAAAAAAAAACAAAGCAUUAUGGAAAUGGAAGCGCUAUGAUAUUUGGCAGAAUGGAAGGAAAUGAGGUCUACACAAAGAGGUCUUUAUAUAUAGCUUUUUAAAGUGCCAUUUGCAUUUGUAUACACACAAAGUCGAAAUGUUCUUUAAUAAAGAAAAAUAAUUCAAAUAUUUCUUUUUUAUAUCAA